GAAUAUCAAGAACAUUAAGGUAGCUUACAGAGACGAAAACACGCAGAUGGAGGCUCUUUCUGAGGCUUUUCGUGCUGCAGACCUUAGUUAUAGCUUCGCCAUUUCUCCCCAUCCUGCGAAAAAGGAUACUUUUCGAUUAGUUCUCUCACGUCCCACAAAUAAGCAUCCGGAGUCUGUUAUCUUCCUAUCCAUUGAUAUUUUUAUGACCUCAAAUACUUCUGAUGUUAGCACAUUUGAGGCAAAAGUGGAGAAUAUGCUGUGGACGUUACCUUUCACCGUGGAAAAGGGCCGUCUGAAAGGGUUCUCAGAAUCCUAUAUGGACAAGAUAUGGUCCCAAAAGGAAGUUUCAUGGAAAACGAAAAUGUACCUUUAAUUCCUCAAAUAGCCACCAUCUGGGAAGCACAAGAAUCAUGUAAAAUGGAUGGAUAAGAGUAUACUCGUCCUUAA